CUCUUUGAUAUAGGUACUGAUAGAAAUUGAAAAAAAAAUUUGCUUGGUACAGGUGGUAAGUUGGUAACCCUAACGUCGCCAUUUCGGAAUUCGGAUGAAGAACCGGCAUAAUUUUUGUAAGAUGUGAUGAAGUACUGUUGGAAGAAAUCAAUAUGGCACUCAAGCUUGGAAAAUGUAGGCUUUGCCUUAAGCUUGGUGAUUUCUAUUCAAUCUUUACGGUGGACAAUAACUUGCAACUUGCAGAAAUGGUUAUGGAAUGCGCCCGUGUUAAAAUACAAGACGGUGAUGGAUUACCAGACAAAAUAUGUUCUGAGUGUAUUCAAAAGUUGAGCAGUGCUCACAUAUUCAAACAGCAAUGUGAACGCUCUGAUCAAGAACUCCGACGUAACUAUGUCCCACCACCAGGCUUCACUUCUCCCUCGGAACAAAAUAGACAAAGCAGUGAUUCCGCGUUUUCAACACAAACAGAUAGCUCAAAACCAUCCUCGAGUCAAGUCACCCCUAUAAGCAGAACUAGAAAGAGAAGUUCAGAAAGUAUUGAUAAUGCUUCGAGUAGCGGCGUAUCUCAUGACUAUAAUCCAAAGACCACGAAGCGUGUUGAAGAAUUGCGGCAAUCUCAAAAAAGAGCAAAACUUAAAACUAAUUCUGAUUCUGACUAUGAAUAUAGCGGAUCAGUUUAUUCAGGGGGGACUGAUUCAGAUGAGCCUAUAGAAUACAAAUGCGAUAUAUGCUCGAAAGUUUUCAACAAAUAUCAAAGUUUAAAUGCCCAUAAGAAGACACAUAAGCGUAGUAGUGAUUCGGGUAUGUCGCCGCAGCCCUCGAGAAAAUCUCUUACUGCCCCGUCCCCUAUUCCCGUGUUGUCUACCUCAUCUGAUUAUCUUGAGGCCAAAGAUGCUAAUGAUUGUGAGGACAAAAUUAAUUGUGAAAAGUGUGGCAAGUCAUUUAAGUUAAAAAUUAUGUUGAAACGACACAAGGAAGUCUGUGGAAAACUUAUUGACAAAGAGCUGAAAAUAUCACUUGAACCGAUCGAUUCAACGCCAAAACAAAAUGCUAUUGACUGCAAAAUGUGCACAACAAAAUUCAAAACAGUGGCUACUCUCGAAAAACACAUGAGAGUCGUACAUGCAGCAGUCCUUAAACGUGAAUCCGAUGUGAAAGUUUCGGCAGAUGGUAAACCAAUUGUGCCCUGUUUCUACUGUAAUAAACCAUAUGAUGAUUAUUAUUCUCAUACAGCACAUUUCAGAGUUUGUCCAAAAAGGGAUGAUUCAUUGUCCUUUACGUGUACUGUAUGUGGUAAAUAUUUGCUCAAAAAAGCAAGUUAUUAUGUUCACAUUAAAGAACAUUUUCAUCCUUCCAAAGACUUAAAUCCAUCUGCUGAUUCUCCCCGAACUCUCAAAUGUCGUUUCUGUAAAGCCAAGUUGGCAUCACAGGAAUUGCUAAUAUCACAUUUAGCUUCACACAUGGACGAUGAAAAUGAUUUUGAAGAUGUAGAAUCUCGAAACAGUACUAUAGAAGAUUCAGGGUCUGUACAUUCAGAUUACAAUAAUUCAAAGGUCUCUACAGGACCUCUAAAAUGUCCCUAUUGUGAUGCUCGUUUCAAAUAUAAGAAAGCACUAGAAACACAUCAAAUCACCAAACAUUCUGUAGACCCAAAAAAUGUAAGCAUUAAAUCCGAACCUCCCGAUUUAAAGGAAUCUCCGGACCAUUUGGGUGAACCUUUGAAUGAUGAGCAAUAUGACAGUGAUUCUAGUCAAGGCGACGAUAAUGAUAACACUUGCGAUAUAUGCGAACGACAAUUCUCUUAUAAACGUCUGCUGAUUCAUCACAAGCGUACAAAACACAAUAUAUCGUCGGGAACGAAAAGGGCAAAGAUAACACUGAAGGAUUGUUUGGUUCGGUGUCUUAUUUGCGAUCUGGAGAUGAAAGUGAGCGCGAUCAAUGAGCACAACCAAAAACACAUUACGGCCAACAUAAAGCCUCGUAAUUUGUAUACGUGUACAGAAUGUAAGCAACAGUUCAAGAGCUGCAGCGGCCUUGCUAAUCAUAUUAAAAUAGUGCAUAGGUUACAACUUAAGCCGCAAGCGCCGCAAGUUAGCGAUGCAACACCGGAUUUGGCGGAUUUUUGUGAAGUCGUUGUGACAAAGGCGGAGCCCCUGGAAAUCCAGAGUCACAACGGCUUUCAAGAGGGAUCCGCACCAUCUGUCAACAUGAGCGGCUUUACAUGCCCCACGUGCAACAAACAAAUGCCUACUCUUAUUUCCCUUAAGAGACACAUGAAUUGGCACACCAAUGUUGGAGGGAAAAUUGAAAAACAGUACGAGUGUUUUGUCUGUAACGAGAUAUUCCGAUUCCAGUGCCACUAUAAAAUGCACAUGCGUGAACAUUAUCAUGACACAAAUUUAGACCCAAAGUAUUUGACCUGUUCAAUCUGCAACAGGAAGAGUAAACAUCUUCGCGCUGCGCAAGCACACAUGAACUUCCACAAACAAACUCGCUUCAAAAAUAAAGAUUAUGAAUGCUCAAUAUGCAAAAGAGUAUUUCAAUAUAGAAAGGUUUACCUAUCCCAUAUGGCCAUUCAUUACAAACGUGGUGAAAGUACAAACAAUACUGUUGUCGGUUCUGUGUUACCUAACACAGCUGAUAUGACAGUAUUCGACGGUACACAUACUUGUCAAUUGUGUGGAAAAGUUUGUCAGUCAGAGAAUUCUCUCAAACAUCACUUGAUCUGGCACAAAUCAAAGACUUCUCUUUACGGAUCUAGAUAUGAGUGUGAGAUAUGCAAUUUGCAGUUCACUAACAAGAAGCGUUUGGAGAUUCAUGAUAGAUCACACUAUGAAGAUGACAAUGGUCCAUUUAAAUGUAACAUAUGUGGCAAGGGUUACAUUGCUGAGAGUUACUUAAGGAAGCAUGUCAAGGGUCACAACUUUGAUCACCAAUCCCAUAAAAAACGAAUCGAAAAAUUGAGGAAAGAUAAAGUAAAAUGCCCCAUUUGUACCAAAUUUUAUCCGGACUUGGUGAAACUGAUUCGGCACUUGCGAAGAACUCAUCCUGAGAGCAAAAUGAUAAAAGAAGACCCAGAUGCGCCGCAACAGCCAUAUUUUUCUUGUAAACUUUGUGCAAAAGUCUUUUUGGAUGAGCGAAGGCUACAACAUCACGAAGAAGCUCAUCUUCGCAAACCAGAAUUCUUUAAGUGUAAAUUCUGCGGCAAGAAAACGAUUUCCUUGAAAAAUCACAGAGUACAUAUUAAAGGACAUCUCACACAGAAGUAUAUUGAUGAGCCCCUUAAGUGUGCACAUUGUGAGGAAACAUUUACGAGAGGCUAUGACUUACACCACCAUUUACGAGAUGUACACAAUAUUAAUGAAACAUGGAUAGCAGACAGAAAUAAUGAACAUUUAGAUGGACCCUUGAAAGAUCUUCAGUGUUCCAUCUGUCACAAAGUGUUAGCCAGCCAAGGGAACUAUGAGAGACAUUUAGACUACCAUAAUUCUCUUCGCUGCAAUUAUUGUUAUGAUAACUUCAGUUCUUUAAGGUUUUUGGAUGGUCAUUUGGCAUUUAGCUGUGAUAAGAAAAAAUUGAUUGGGGAUACUGAAAUCUAUCCCCGAAAAAUAAAAUGUAAAAUGUGUUACAAACCAUUCCAUCUACAAGUUAAACUGGAUUGUCAUUUACGCACAGUGCACGGAAUUAAGUCUUUCAAACAGGCUUCAUAUAGAAAGAGAGAGAUUGUGUGUGAUUAUUGUUUUAGAGUUUUCGAAAAUGAAGAUUCCUUAACAAGCCAUAAACUUUAUCACAGAACUAUAGGGUAUUAUGGGUGCAUUUAUUGUCCUAAAAAAUUUAAUACUCUCACGGCAUACAGAAAACACAAAAACCAUCAUUUUGCUCAACUUAAUGUAGACAAUCCUACAAAGUGCGAACAUUGUGACGAAACCUUUGUUCCAUUCAGGGAAUUCAUUUACCACAUGAGAGAUGUUCAUCAGGAUGAUAAGGAAUGGGUUGUGAUGCCAAAGGAGGUGAUUGAAGAGAAGUGCAACAUAUGCAACAAAAUAUUCUAUAAUCUUCAAAGACACCUUAUGUACCAUGAGGAAAACAGAUGCAAAAAGUGUGGGGAAUACUUCUUUUCGCAUAUCGAUUAUGAUAACCACAUCUGCCAUAUUGACAGCGAAGAUGAAGUCCAAGAAAACGACGAUACCGACAUACGACCUAAAUACGAAGAGUGUAGAUUUUGUUUCAAACAACUCACAUAUAAAACUCAAAAAGUGCACGACAUACUUCACAAGGGGUCAGGCUCUAUAUCCUGUCGCUUCUGUACUCUCAAAUUUAAGACCAUGGAUGCUUUUAACAUUCACGCCUUUUCUCACAGAAGCAGAAAGUACAAAAAGAGGCCUAUAAAGUGUAGACUUUGCCCAGAGAAGUUUGUGAAAUACGGACCUUUCAUGCGACACAUGAAAUUCGUUCACAAGUCUACCAAAAAGGUUCAUUACAGAGCCACUGUUAAACCGGAGAAGUGUGUGGUGUGUGGGGAUCUGUUCCCCAAUUUGCACAACCACUACAGGGCUCAUUUACAGAAUCAGUGUCAGCAAUGUCUUAAAUAUUUUACUUCCUCGAAAUUGUUCACAAAACAUGAGUGCGACAAAGAGGACUCAGACCCUUCGAAAGUUUUUACUUGUGAUGCGGAUCUUAUACACUUGAUUAACACUUUCGUUCCCACGGACGAGAAAGAUGACGAAAAGUUCUACGGUUAUGAUGAAGAGGAUGAUAUUGACGAAGGACAAAACAAUGAGCUUCCUGAUAAUGAAGACAGUCAAAACUCAGCAGACACAGCUGAGGAUAAAAUACAUGAAAUGGUUCACGCGCCUAUCAUUUCUGACGUAUUAUCGCUUUACAAAAGCAAAGAUGUUGACAAUUUAAAACAAAUAACAAUGGGUGAUCCAAAUGUCAUAGAUCUUGUAGAUGAUGAUUCCAUUGGUUUCGAAAGUGCUCCCAUUCCAGUAAUUACUAUUGAUUGUGAUGAUUCACAAUGAGUGUUGCUUUAGAUUAAUAUUUAUAAAGUUCUUCGAAAUUCAAGACCAUAAUCUGGUUGAUUUUAAGCAAUUAAUUAAUGAUAAUUUUUUGAUUAAUAUAAAUGAAAAUUUGUUUGAUAUAUAAAAUUUGUUUUUUCACCAAAGUUAUGUGAAGCAGUGAUCAGUAGGUAGAAUUAAAAAUGUAGAUGUAGACAUUACAAUUCACGCUUUAUAGAAUUUUGAUAGAAGCUUAACUAGUAUUUCGUAAUAUUUUUUAAGACUAAUUUGUAGGUUUUUUACUAUUAUUUGUUUACGGUAAUUAAGUUGAAUCGUAAGUUAAUUAUUUAAUAACGUAAGUUAUUACCAAUCAUAUUGUAAAUACUUAUUGUCCAGCUAUUGUGCUGCCAUUUUGUAAAUUGAUUUCAUAUCUAGUAAGGUAAUUAUUAAUGUAUUAGAGUCUAUUUAAUUUGGUGUCAUUUGAUAAUUAUAUUAAUAAUUUUGUUUAUAUUCAUUUCAAUAUGUUUUAAAGGUAUGUUCUCUAGGAAUUAAUAAGAUGUAUCUACACUCGUUAAAAUGAAACCGUAUUAAUGCCAUACAUGUUCUAAUUGUAGUUGUUUUGUUGUGAAGCUAGUUUUAUUUUGGGAAUGGCCAUAGGAGUCCUGUUCUGAUGACCACUACAGGAAUUACCGAUUUUUUCUUAAUGUAUACGCUUUUUUUUUACAGUGAAAUGUCUUGAGCUUCAAAGAUAUACAAUAUACGGCUAAUAUACUUACAAAAAUUAUUGCGCCCGGAGAGAAUUCAUCCAACCGGGAAAAAUAAGGCGCAAUUUUUUUUUUAUUAGUUAUCAUUCCAGUUCAUUUUGAUAUGAUGUGGUAUAUUAUAUUGUGUAUGCGAGUGAUAUGGAUAAUGAUAGAAAGUAGUGUGUUGUAUCUUAUAUGUAUGUAUGAUAAAAAAUGCUUUCAUUUCUGUACUAUUCAUUAGGCGAAUAUUACAUGAGCCUAAAUACGCAUAUAAAAGUUGACUUGAAAGUAUCACACAAUAGGUACUAGAUUUUCAUAAUAUUGUUAGACUUAUUUAAACGUAGUGUGAAGUAGCUUUAAUUAAGUUAAUUAAGUAAAAGUUUUAAUUUGGAACAACUUUACUUCGCGUUUAUUAAAUAAUAUGUUACAAAUUAAAUAAAUUUUCAGUGUUAGUGUACUUUGCAGUGUUGUUCUAUCUACUCUGUUUCCAUUUCUUUCUAUCUAUUUUGAAUGUUGCUCUUCAGCAGCUAUAGAUGUGUUUUUGAAAACUUUACAACUUUUGGGAAAUUAUCAUGGCACUCUUUAUUUUGGUUAUUAAUUAUAAUCAUAGAUAUAUUAUCCCACUGACGUUGUUAUUAUUAUAUAUUACAUGUACUUUUUGUGAUAAUUAUAAUAUUUUCAAAUUCAGCUUUCGUUUCGAUUAUGGAAACUUUUAUAUUAUGCAAUAACAAGCUGAACUCCUAUUAAAAAAAACUGUAUUCUAACUGAUUUAUGAAUGUGCUAUAUUGUGUUAUUAUUUAAAUGACAAAUGAACGUAUGUAGGGAUAGAUAAUAAUUGUAAGUAUUAUUUAUAAUUGCAGUAAGAAGCUGCGGUGAGUAGGUACACAUUUUAAUAUUAGUGGUUUUCUUAGACUUCUCUUGUAAGAGUAUUAUUUUCAACAUUUGUUUAGAAUUUUUUUUUAUAUUAUUCUGAGACUUUAUUACUUUAAAUUGCAUUCAGUGGAUUUUUUGUUGAUUAUGCUUGCUAUGCUUAGAUAAUUAAUACGUCUAGAUAGUCACUUUCUGUUAGACAACCGAUAAAAACAGGUCAGGAAUAUUAGUUAGUGUGCGUGACAAGCUAAGUCUCACACUCGCGAAUUGCGUGUUACUUUGUGUUAGUGUGCGUGCAUAUCUCAAACUAGAGGUUCUAAACUCAAUUAUUUCGAAGUUUUUACAGCUGUCAGACUUAUCUAGACGUAAUAAAUAUAAAUGAUUGUUACGUAUCUAUUGAGCGGUGAGCGAAAUGCGCAGUCGCUUAAAGAAAUAUCUCGAAGGUUUGUUUCAUUUUGGAAGGGCUGUGUAUUUGUAUAAUUUUUUUUUUUCAAAUGUAUUAAUUACGUUCUGUUUAUUGGGUAGUUUGUAUUAUAUUUGUUUGGCCUUACCAUGUGGUUAAGAAGGUGAUCUCUAUGAUGUUGUCCUGUAAUAGUCUCAUAUAUGUUUUUAAUUAUUUCGUAUUUGUUGCGUACCUACAUGUACCCGUCAAUAUCGAUUACUAAUAAUUAUAAUGUACCUACAUAUUGAAAAUAAAUAUUACUCUAUCCAU